UAUCCCAGACCCACCUGAACCCAAAAAGAAAAAGAGGUCAUCGACGCGCUGUGUAACGCGUAGGGGGCAGCAGUGGGGGCGGGCCUCGCAACAUAGGAGCAAGGUCCGAGUCCGACUCGGAAGUCACUCAACUGAAAGCACAGCAUCAGCAGCGCCCGUUCCUCGCAAAAAAAGAAAAAGAAAAAGAAAAAGAAAGAGAAGAACUCUGCCCAUAAUCAUAUCAAUCAUCUAUUGUCCGAACCAAAUACCCACACACUCUGCCGCGUCCCAAUGCCUCCCUCCCACGACGGCGAGGUCCACGCCCCCGCCGCAGCCUCCGAUUCCGAUAACGACGAUCCUGAAGAACCCGAAUACGAAGAAGUAGAAGAAGAAGAGGAGGUUGAAGAAUACGAAGAAGUAGAAGAGUAUGAAGAAGAAGAAGAAGAAGAAGAAGAAGAAGUGGAGGAAGUGGAGGAGGAGGAAGAGGAGGUGGAGAUGGAUGUGUCCGAUUCGCGAAUCAACGCCGAUGAGGAGCGUAACGAUGUUAGUCAAGAUAUGGAGUCUGAGGGGAAUGAUGGGCAAUUGAGAUCAUGGCAUUCUACUCUAGAAAAGGCUGAAGUGAAGAUCCCAUCUGACACCCUUGCUGUGAAAGAAAGUGGUGGUAAUUUCAUAUUUUCUAGUCCUUCAAAUGAGCCAUUGACAACAAAAAAGGAGGAAUCAGGUUUGAACUAUGAGGAUAUGAAGAACAUAAAAUCAGGAAAAGAUCUGGUUACUGCUGAGGACAGCAGAAGCCUAGAAAUGGUUGAUGAGAAAGAUGUUGAGGCCCUUCCAGAAGAGAAGGCCUCUAAAGACCACAGUGCAUCGCAUUCUGACACCAAGGGUCAUUUGUGUAACAAGGAGAUUUUAAAUGCUAAUACCAGCUUUCCUUCUAGCAUCAAUGGAAAUGAGAUGACUGAUACCAUCCCAAUGAGUAGUCACUCAGUCGAGGAGGCCAACGGUGUGAUGAAUUCUGAGGAAAUGAAGCAAAUGGACUUGCAAUCAGGGGGUGACAAAAAGCGACUGGCAUCAAGAUUGGCUGCUCCUGAUACAAGGACUGGAGGUCUGUCCCCUGGUGCUGAGAUUAAAGAUGGAAAUGACUGCCCAGCAGUUAUUUGUGACUUUUUUGCGAAAGGGUGGUGCAUCAAAGGUAGUUCAUGUAGGUUUCUUCAUAUAAAAAAAGGUGAUUCGAAUGGUACUACCCAAAAGCAUGAGGCAGAUGUAGCUUCUGUGAAUUGGAAAAGAGAAGCUCAGCUUGGUGAAGGUUUGAGAGAGAUUACUGAGAGAUCAAUGUCACCUGGUUUUCCUGAGCCACUGGCUUCUUCAGUUGGAAAUAGUUCUUCACAUCUAGAAACAAUCCUGCCUAAGGAUCUUGGAGAAAGCCAAAGGUGGAAUGAGUUUCAUGGACAACAUAAGCUUCCAUUGCUUAAGAAAGAGGAUUCAUCUUUGUGCAUUACCCCUGACUCCCAGCAAUUAUCUUCAUCUAAAGAUGAUCCUAGCUUUGUCUCCAGGUUUAAGGAUGUAGGAAGAGAUAUUCAGACACUAAAUUGGCCUGCUGACCAUGCUUCUUCAAACGGCACAGGAAGUUCUAUGGUAAGGAACAGCUUGCUUCCUGAGUAUGGGUUUUCUUCAAGUGGCUCUGAUCUGUUGUCUCGGAAUUACCACAGUGGAAUUUUCUCUUCUCAUUCAAGCAGUAUGGAGGAAAUGGCUAGUAUUCGGAGCCAACAUAAACACGAUGACUUUACUUUACCCCUUAGGAGCCAUUCUCGAAAUUUGAGCUCAAAUACUUCUCUUCCAACUACUGGCAUGUUGCCAUCUCACUCUAUCUCUACCUGGACAGCAUCUUCAUCGCCAUUUACUUUUUCCUCUUUCAGUAUGAGUCAUCUUGGUUCUCAAAAGCUUUUGGAUGGUGAGAAAGAGUGCCAUGCUUCUAGGUCAUCUUCCUUGCUGCAAUUCUCUUCUCCCUUUCCUACUUCUGAAUCAAAAAAUUUACCUGUAACCAAUGUACCAUUGUGCUCUGCUGAGCAUAAACCAAAAUUUUCUUUAAAUGAUUGGGAGCCUUCUAUACCUUUCCGACCAUCUUUUUUUAUCCCUCCUAUGAGUAUAUCAUCUCCAGGAAGCCAGUAUGACCCUCUUCGUGAUAGCACUGAGUCACCCAAGAUAGGAGAUGAAUCCUUUAACAUUUCUCUCUAUGGUCAUGAGUCAUCCAUCAUGGAUAAAUCACAUCUGCAGAAAUAUGAUGAUUCUGUAUUACCUGGGACCCUGGGACCAGAAUGUAAUGAUGAUACGACUUCUGUAUCUUCUCAUAAUAAAUUUUAUGACAAUGUGUUGGACAAAAGGUGCCAUGCAAUUGAAAGAGAUUCGCUUGCUACUGAGGCAGAUACAGGAGGAACUUCUGUUGUUGACUGGAAAAAUGGGACAAUGCCUAAAGAAGAGAAUCUCUGCAGCACCUCUCAUGCCAAUGAUACUACUACAAAAAAGCGGAAGCUCAAUGAUGAUCAUGCUUCAAGUCAUCAAAAUGAUGGUUCAAGACACAAAAAGGACUUGAAAUUGAGCAGGGCUAGACAGGACAAUGAAAUGGAUGUUGGCCCUAAGAUGGAUGGAAAUGUGCACAAAGAAUCAAAAGCACAGAGACAUUUUCGUGCUGCUCUUAUAGAUUUGGUGAAAGAAUUGUUGAAACCAAAAUGGCGUGAUGGUCAUCUCAGUAAAGAUGCACACAACAUGAUAGUAAAAAAAGUGGUUGACAAGGUUCUUAGCACCUUACAGUCUCACCAAAUUCCACCCACCAUGGAAUUAGUAGAGCAGUAUCUCUCUUCAUUCAGUUCGAAAAUUACAAAACUUGUUGAGGGAUACGUUGAUAAAUAUGGCAAAUCUUGAGAUGCUAGGCUAAGUGCUUUUUCUUUGUACAGUUUCAUACGCUUGCAGCGAAUUGGAAGUCAUCAACAGUUUGUCUGAGGCUAUAUUUAUGGAAUUUAAACUAGACAACAUGAUAUGUGUUGGUUUCCCUUUGAGUGUUUUUCUUCAUUAAUUGUUUGUGUUUUUUUUUUUUUUUUUUGGGGUCAUUUGAUCCAUUUUGGAGUAAACUGUACAUAUUCUGUCUCUUUCAAUUUUGUACUAGGUUGUGUCAUGAAAGGAAGAGGUUGGGCCUUAGAUGGCAAGUGCCCUUGAUUAAGGCAUAAAAGAA